UCGAAAUCUCACUUACACCCAAGUUCCCAACUCUUCUUCUCAUAUCCCGCCACUCUCUUUCUUUUUCUGCCCUAAAACCCUCCAUAAACCUUUCUCCCUCUCUCUGUCUUCCCCAGUUUCGGCCGCACACUACACUUUUAACCAUGGAAGUUGUUGUUAGUAGUACUGGUGCUGUUAUCGAUCCCAUGGAUUUCAAAGUAAGUGAAGUAUUGAAAGAGGUUCAGCUCGAUUACGAGUCCCCUAUUAUAACCAAAUUCAUAGAUGAAACUAUUUCAUCCAUCAAAAAAGUUAUCAACAAAAUACCUCAAGAUUUAAAGGUUGGUUCAGAUUUAGCAUCAGGAUUUAUCAGAGAUGUUAAUGCUGAUAAAUUCGAGUUUAGUUUCAAGAAACCGGCAUCGAUUGAAAUUGGUGGGAGUUAUUCAAUACAAGCUUUAACUAAGCCGUCUACUAGUAUUGAUCUUUUUAUUAGUUUACCUAAGGAAUGUUUUCAUGAGAAGGAUUACUUGAAUCAUAGAUAUCAUGCAAAGAGAUGCCUUUAUUUAUGUAUAAUCAAGAAAUAUUUAAAUGCUUCUUCAAAGAUUAAAAAGAUAGAAUGGUCGACCUUUCAAAAUGAAGCCCGGAAACCUGUUUUGGUUGUGUAUCCAGUUCAGGAACUCGACGAAAUUAUUCCAGGUUUUUUUAUUAGGUUGAUUCCGACAGCUACAUCUUUGUUCAGUGUUCCGAAACUAAACUUGGCACGAAGUAAUGUACGUGCGCUUAAUAAAGAAGGAAUGGCUCUGCAAGCUACACCAAGGUACUGUAGUAGCAUUCUUGAAGAUAUGUUUUUGGAGGAGAACGCGGAAUUUGUCCGAAAAACUUUUUUGGGAUGGAAGGAAUUGAGAGAGGCACUAAUUUUGAUAAAAGUGUGGGCUAGGCAGAGAACUUCUAUUUAUUCUCAUGAUUGCCUAAAUGGAUUCUUAAUCUCUGUCAUACUUUCAUACCUUGCCACGGCAUCAGGAGGAAAUCGUGUCAAGAAGUCAAUGAAGACAGUGCAGAUUUUUCGUGUCACAUUGGAUUUUAUUGCCAAUUCAAAGUUAUGGGACAAGGGUCUUUUGCUGCAGCCCCAUAAUCAAAGUAACCUGUCAAAGGAGGAGAGAAAGCAAUAUCAGCAAUUGUUUCCCGUAGUUCUAUGUGAUUCAUCAUCUCAACUUAACCUGGCAUUCCGGAUCACAAAGCAUGGCUUCUCAGAGCUCCGAGAUGAGGCUGCACAGACACUUAGUUGUAUAGACAAAUAUAGAGAUGGUGGAUUUGAAGAGGUUUUCAUGACUAAGGUUGACUUCGCUGCCAAAUAUGAUUACUGCAUAAGAAUAAAAGCGGACGAGAGUAAGGAGGUGUAUGCCUCUGGAUUUUGUUUAGAUGAAGAGUGCUGGAGAACAUACGAGGAGAAGGUGCACUCUCUUCUGGAACAAGCACUUGGUGACAGAGCAAAAUCUAUUCGCGUUACUUGGAGAAGCUGUCCCUCACAGUGGAAAAUUGAAGAGGGCUUCUCUGAGUUUAGUACUAGUCCUUUGGUUGUGGGAAUUUUAACUAGCGCUCCUGAGAAGAGCUUUAGAGGGGUUGAUGUUGGCCCAAAUGCUGAGAACAAAGAAGAGGCUCUCAAGUAUAGAAAGUUUUGGGGAGAGAAGGCCGAGCUUCGUAGAUUCAAAGAUGGCAUUAUUGCAGAAAGCACAGUAUGGGAAUGUCAGCAUUGGGAAAGGCACCUCAUUAUCAAAAGAAUUUGUGAUUACAUUCUUUCUCGACAUCUUGCCUUACCCGAAGAAAAGAUAACAUGCGUCGCUGAACAACUUGACUUUUGCCUUCUUCAUGGUGGUAAAGAUUCAGUCUCAUUUCAUGGAAGCCUUCUUGCGGCUUUUGAGGUUUUAUCAAAGCGUUUGCGCAGUAUAAAGGAUAUUCCUUUGAGUGUAUCCAGUGUGCAGCCUUUAGACCCAGCCUUUCGUUCCACAUCUGUUUUUCUUCCUGCACCUCAUCCUCUUGCUAACGAAAAGGUCAAAGGCCGAACUUCCCAGCUCCCCUCCACUUGUAUACAACCAGUGGAAGUUAUGAUCCAGUUGGAGGGUUCAGGGAACUGGCCAAUGGAUGAUGUUGCCAUUGAGAAGACUAAACAUGCAUUUCUUCUACAGAUUGGAGACAGUCUCCAAAAAAGUUGGGGUUCUCGUUGUAUUGCUUCUGAGGAUGAGGUGGAUGUCCUGAUGUCUGGAUACGCAUUUCGUCUAAGAAUCCUGCACGAAAGAGGCCUGAGCUUGGUGAGAAAGAAAGUGGGCAAUGAACGGAUGAAGCGGAUCACUUCUGGAGAUAAGGAACUCUUUAUCCGUGGGCAGCAUUCUAGCAUGAUCAAUGGUUUGCUUGGUCGUUACCCUGUAUACGGGCCUGUUGUCCGCCUUGCAAAAAGGUGGAUUUCUGCUCAUCUCUUUUCCUCAUUUGUGGAAGAGGAGGCAGUAGAAUUGUUGGUUGCAUACCUCUUUUUGCGACAUCUACCAUUCUAUGCUCCUUCCUCCCGGAUAACUGGAUUUUUGAGGUUCUUACGGUUGCUGUCAAACUAUGAUUGGACCUUUUCUCCUUUAAUCGUAGACAUAAAUGGUGAUAUGACUUCAAAAGAUGAAAAAGAGAUAUAUGAGAACUUUAUGACUAGCAGAAAAGCUUACGAAGAAAGUCCGCAGAAUUUGGAUAGAUCAAUGUUUUUGGCCACGUCAUAUGACAAGUCAUCCGAAGCUUGGACGAAAUAUUCACCAAACUCAUCUGAGCUUAAAAGGAUGGUUGCUUAUGCAAAAACGGGUGCGGAGUUAUUGACAGACCUUAUUGUUCACGAUCAAACUGAUGCUCAAAAAACAUGGAAGAGUUUGUUCCGGACGCCUUUGAACUUGUACGAUGCUGUAAUUCUCUUGCAUAGGCAUAAACUAGCUUUUCCUCAACGCUUGCUUUCCCGCCCUGAAACGGUCCCCGGUGAAAUGAUAAAAGCAAAGCAUGUGGCUGAAGGAAAAGCUAGCAAGUACUUUGAUCCUUUUAUGUUGCGUGGCGACUUGGAAGAAAUGAAAAAGAAUCUAAUGGUGAACUUUGAUCCAGUCCGUUGCCUUGUCAACGAUCUAAAGGAAGAAUUCUCCGAAACGUUUAAGUUGUGGUAUGAUUCAGUAGGGGGCGACGCUAUUGGUUUGACAUGGGAUAAGCUUGAUUCCAAGAAGAGAGCAAGAGAAGAAAUGGAUGAAGACGAGAACGACAAAAGACAGGAUCCAAUAGAUGUGCUGAGAAAUGUGGGUGAAGUUGGUAGAGGAUUUGUAAGGAGUGUUUAUUUAUUCAAAUCUCCUAGACUCCAGAACUGAAACUACACACAUUUAUACAUGUUGUGAUAUUGUAUUUUUUACAAUUUAUUUAAUCAAAUGAUUUUUGUUGUUUUGGUUUUAUGCUC